CCCCCAGCACCCUGACCACCUCCGCAGGACCCCGCGCUCUACCCCCAGGCCCCGCGCCCCCUCGCCCUGGGCCGCGCCCCACAUCCCUCCCCGAGCCGCAACACCCCACCGGACCGGACUCCCUCGAGCCGCCGCUCGUUGCGGGCCUGAAGCGCAGCGCACCUACUGGCCAGAGCUGCCGAGGGCGGGAAAAGUGGCCAACGGCUGCGCAGGCCGUCGGGCUGCUGAGGAGAUGGCGUCGAUGGCGUCGGCCUCCAGGGCCUCCGUGCCCGCGGACUCAUUCCGCACCAUCAGCCCGGGCAGGCGAGGCGAGAAGGCUGCCUCCGCUGUCCCCGGGGACACGGCGGCCGCGACCACCCUGAAGGGCACCGCGAUCCCAGUGCGGUCGGUGGUGGCCUCCCUUCGCCAGGUGAAGGGGAAAGCGGGCCGGGAGGCGGCCAGGAUGCGGCUCCAGCGCCUGCCCGCGGCUCAGGCCGAGGACCCAGGAGAGGCGGCCGAGGAGGAGGAGGAGGAGGAGCCCCUGCCGUCAGUGCCUGAGGAUGAAGAGGAGGCGCAGCCCCUGCCCCCAGUCUGCGUGUCCCGUAUGAGGGGGAUGUGGCGGGACGAGAAGGUGUCGCUGUAUUGCGACCAAGUGCUGCAGGACUGUAAGGCAGAAGAUGCUGAUGAAGUUAUGGGUAAAUACUUAUCAGAAAAAUUAAAGUUGAAAGACAAAUGGCUUGGAGUCUGGAAGACUAAUCCCAACGUAUUCUUUGUGAAAUAUGAAGAAGCUUCUAUCCCUUUUGUUGGUAUACUGGUUGAGGUAACUUGUGAACCAUACCAAGACUCAUCAUCUCAUUUCAAAGUUACUGUUUCUGUUGCUGAGCCCUUUUCUUCCAACAUUGCAAAUAUUCCAAGAGAUUUGGUUGAUGAAAUUUUGGAGGAACUGGAACACAGUGUGCCUCUUUUGGAAGUGUAUCCUGUUGAGGGACAAGAUACUGAUAUACAUGAUAUUGCUUUGGCCUUGGAAGUUGUCAGGUUUUUUUACGAGUUUCUUUGGAGAGACUGGGAUGAUGAAGAAAGUUGUGAGAAUUAUACUGCACUUAUUGAAGAAAGAAUUAAUUUGUGGUGUGAUAUACAGGAUGGAACAAUACCUGGUCCUAUUGCACAACGUUUUAAAAAAACUUUGGAGAAAUAUAAAAACAAACGUGUCGAACUCAUUGAGUAUCAGAGCAAUAUUAAAGAAGAUCCAUCUGCAGCAGAGGCUGUUGAAUGCUGGAAAAAAUACUAUGAGAUAGUCAUGCUCUGUGGAUUAUUGAAAAUGUGGGAAGAUUUACGCCUCCGAGUUCAUGGACCUUUCUUUCCAAGAAUUCUGAGGCGUAGGAAAGGAAAAAGAGAAUUUGGAAAAACUAUAACACAUAUUGUAGCAAAAGUGAUGACUACUGAAAUGAUAAAGGAUUUAUCUUCAGACACACUUCUCCAACAGCAUGAUGAUUUGGAUUUGGCUUUGGAUAAUUGUUAUAGUGGAGAUACAGUAAUAAUUUUUCCAGGAGAAUAUCAAGCUGCAAAUCUUGCUUUGUUGACAGAUGACAUCAUUAUAAAGGGAGUUGGAAAGAGAGAGGAAAUUAUGAUUACUUCUGAACCUUCUCGUGACAGUUUUGUGGUGUCCAAAGCUGACAAUGUGAAACUAAUGCAUCUAUCUCUGAUACAACAAGGAACGGUUGAUGGUAUUGUGGUGGUGGAGUCUGGUCACAUGACUCUAGAAAACUGCAUAUUAAAAUGUGAAGGAACAGGAGUGUGUGUUCUUACAGGGGCUGCUUUGACAAUUACAGACAGUGAAAUAACUGGUGCCCAGGGUGCUGGUGUUGAACUGUAUCCUGGAAGCAUAGCCAUUCUGGAAAGAAAUGAAAUUCAUCACUGUAAUAACCUCAGAACCAGUGACAGUUCAAAAAGCACCUUAGGUGGAGUUAAUAUGAAGGUUCUUCCAGCACCCAAAUUGAAGAUGACAAAUAAUCAUAUUUAUCGCAACAAAGGCUAUGGAGUAAGCAUUCUUCAACCAACGGAACAGUUUUUUAUUGUAACAGAAGAAGCUCUCAACAAGAGGGCUGCUUCAGGAGAUAAAAAAGAUGAUAAAAUGCUCUUCAAAGUAAUGCAAAACCUGAAUCUGGAAAUGAAUAAUAAUAAGAUAGAAGCAAACGUCAAGGGGGAUAUCAGAAUAGUCACAAGUUAAAACGUCUGAAUUGAUGUUAAAGUUUUAUAUUUCACAAAUUUGUUUUAUAAAUGAUUAUCAUAUCCCACUGAAAUGGUAGUUUCAAUUCAAAGCUUAAUUAAAAAAUAUUUAAAUA